AUGUCUCUUCAGGAGAGUGCUUUGUCUCGGACUGAUCAGAAUGGAGAGCCAGCGACCAAAGUCGGAAUGGAGAGUGAAAAUAAUGAGAGAGGAGAAGGGGAGAGCGGGCUGUAUAUGCGUAAGACCGACAAUAUAUAUAUCAACAGAUCGAGGGUACGGCGAGAUGGGCCACAUCCAGAGACCGAAAAGUACCAGAGAUCGAGGGUAAUACAAGCAAGGAGGGGAAAGAAACGAAAUAUUAACGCCAAUGCCGGGGGUUUGGUUGGCUGGAGUGGGUGUCUGUCUUACCGGGCCCACUCUCUGGCUAGCUCCAACGGAUUUCUGGAAGUUUGGGUCGUUGGGCGGAGUGGAAGGAGAAGAGACAUGUAUGGAUGCAGGACGAGAGAGAUCAAAGUUUGGGCUGGGCGGUCUGUGUUCAUGCAAGGAGGAGGGAGCAAUGCGGUGCGGCAGCCGGGGAGGUGCAAUUGGGGAGAGAGCAACAGCAAGAGACAGGAGAAGAAGCACGAGAAGAGCAUGCAGUCAUUGACUGGUGAGGACCAGCAGCGACGGCAGCAGCAGCAGCAGAAGAAGAAACAGCUUGUUUAA